AUGCCUGACGAAGUAGAGGAUAUCCGGUUUGCAGUGCUGACUACAGAAUUUUGUUUUAUAUCCAUAAUCAACACCUUAACGGUUGUCGCUUUUGCAAGAAGUCGCCGUUUACGCAAGCGCAGUACAUACCUGGUAAUAAACCAAACUGUGGCUGAUUUUCUGGUUGGAGCUGUGGCGGGACCUGUGUAUCAAAAUGGUCUACCAGGACCGCAACAUGGUCUCAGUUGGAGAAACUGUUGGAGGGCGAUCAUUGACAGCUUUUAUAUAGUUUCAGUAGGCAAUCUAGCAUUAAUUUCUUUAGAGCGACUGCACGCCACACUUUAUCCAUUUAACCAUUGCUUGGUCGGGAAACGUGUUUACUGUAAGAUUAUCUUUUGCAGUUGGUUUGGGUCCUUCAUUUUAGCCUCUGUAUUUGUCAUUCUUGAAAUAAAUGAACCGGUUGCAUGUCGAGGUGCAUGGGUAAGCUAUACUUUCGUUACCGUUACACUUCUUACAGCAGCAUAUGUUAUCAUUUUAUCAAAGGUUUUAAGCAAGCCU